UAUUAAUUUUUACUUAAUAUUGUCGUCUAUAUCCAUUAGAGGAGAGAUGUAGUCAAAUAUAUUUUUCGAUACUGAUUAAAUUGCCCUUUGAUCAUAUGUGUUAAUUUUAUGAAUGUAAUUAAGAUUGUUGACCUAACCUGACAUAACCAUCAAAGUAAACCUCGAAAGUGAAUGUAGCUUUGAAAGUUGUGAAAGAAAUUAAUUUUCUAUUGUUGUUAACUCUCUUGUUGUCUAACUCAUUAUAUAAUUAUCAAGAAAACAGGAUAGAAUAAUAAAAAUAAGUGCGAUUCGAGAUACAAAAAUGCCACCGAAAUGUAAAUUUCAAGAAGGAGAAAAAGUUCUCUGCUUUCAUGGGCCAUUGAUCUAUGAAGCAAAAUGCUUGAAGUCUUCCAUUACUAAGGAGAAACAAAUUAAAUAUUUCAUUCAUUAUGCAGGCUGGAAUAAAAACUGGGAUGAAUGGGUUCCGGAGAGCAGAGUACUCAAAUACAAUGAAGCAAAUGUACAAAGACAAAGAGAAGUUCAAAGAGCACAUUCAACUCAACAAUCUGCACAAAAGAACAAAAAGGGAAAUACAACAACAAAAGCACAAGGGAGAAGAAGCGAAGGAGGUAGAGAGAAAGAUACCGACAGUAGAGCAAGCACUCCUGUUUCAACGGCUGACAAAAGUAUAAGUCGUUUUAACAAGAGUACUAAUAGCACAGUGACAGCUUCAUCUUCUCACGAGUCUACAUCGGAACCUACUCGUAAAAAACGAAGUCGACUAGAACCAUCUAGCGAAACUGAAGAGUAUCUCACUAAAGUGGAAGUUAAGAUAAAAUUACCUGAAGAAUUGAAGUUUGUGCUAAUAGAUGAAUCUGAAGUAAUAUUGAAACACCAUAAAUUACCCGCGUUACCUGUACAAAAUACAGUUGACAAAAUUUUAGACGAUUAUGUAGAAAUGAAAUCAUCGGGAAAAACAAACGAUAUUAGAGAAAGUACAUUGGAAAUAACAAAAGGUAUUCGUGAAUAUUUUAAUAUCACAUUAGGGCUUCAAUUGCUAUAUAAAUGGGAACGCCCGCAAUUUAUACAGAUAACAAAUGACAAUCCGGAUACCUUACCAAGUCAAUUAUAUGGAGCGUUUCAUUUACUUAGACUAUUUGUAAGACUUGGUGGUAUGUUGUCAUAUACACCUUUAGAUGAAAGGAGUAUACAGUUGUUACUGUCACAUUUUCAUGACUUCUUGCAAUAUUUGCAAAAGAAUAAUGCCGAACUUUUCAAUCUUCAACAAGAUUACACAGAUCCACCGCCAGAUUAUCAUCGAAAGUAUGGUUAAACUGCCAAAAUGCGUAAAGUUAUUUUUCAAAUUCAUUUAUACUUGUGGGCAAAUGUAUUAAUCUUGUGUAGAAUAUUUUAUAUAGGAAUCACAUAUAUAUAAUAUUAAU